AUUGUCAUUUGUCAGUCUGCUUGUCGGUGAUUGAUUUUAUGGAUACGCAGAGCCAAACACAAAAAUAAAGUAAUAAUUUAGAGUAAUUUGGUGAAAAUAUUGUAGUCAGUGUAUUGUUUACUUGAAAAGUUAAUUCAUAAUGAAAAAGUUGAUUGUACUUGAACUUUGAAGUUAACCAUGACUUUUAACAAUACAAUUGCUCACCAAAGAUUAGUUCUCAGCGGCGAUCGAGAAAGAUUUAAGGAACUUCUUAGAAAACGACUGAUUGAAUGUGGAUGGAGAGAUCAAGUUAGAAUGUUGUGUCGAGAUGCUGUUAAAGAAAAUGAGGGGAAUAAUGUUACUUUUGAUAUGUUGGUAACCAAAGUGACUCCUCGGGCCCGUGCACUCGUCCCCGACUCAGUCAAGAAAGAAUUACUCCAAAAAAUUAAGACUCAUCUUCUUACUCAGAAAGAUCAAUAAUUUUUAUGUUUUGAAUAUACAAAGGAAUGUAUUUAUAUUUUUAAGCUACCCAUGCAUUUAGUUGUAGGAUUAUUUUUGAAGUAGUUAUCAUCAGAUUUAUAAUGUUUUUGUUCUUACAAUUCAAAUCAUUUAAAAUCAAUAACUUACAAAAACUAACAUUCAUAACAGACUUAAACUUAGAAAAAAACAUUUGAUUUGCCAAUGUUUUAAAAUAAAUUAGUACACAAAACAUAACUAUGAGGUUUAAUCUGUGUUGAUAACUUUUCUAUGUAGAAUAGUAAUGUCUUAAUUUCAUGUAUUAAAUUAACUGAACACUGUACCAUUAAAGUCAUAAUACAGUUUCAGCCAUGUGUGUAAAAAAUAUGUUAAGUUGAUUACUAGAUUGAUAUACAGUUUUUAAAUAAACUAAAAAUUCAAUUUCCUAAACAUGUUUCUCAUAAAAUGAAUUAGGCUUAAUUGUACAUAUUCCUUUUUGAUUAUUAUUUCGAAAGGAUAUCAUUAUUUUAUUUUAAGGUACAGUAGUAUUAUAAAUAUUAAUUUGUGUCAUGUAUACUAUUGUGCUAUUUCUAAAUUAUAAUUUCUUUGAGUAGAAUUAUAGUAAUCUGUAUGAUUAUCUACUUUGUUUUAUGGAAAUAAUAGCAGUAUGGGAGACACUCCAGUGAAAUGCUGGCUUAAUAUACAUAAUCAUGAAUAUGUGCGUUUUAGGGGCAACUAUGUAUUUUAGAAGCAAAAGUAAUUGCAUAAUUUUUGCAAUGGAAUGAAAUUAGGAAUAAGGAAAAUAAAAUAAUUAUGCUUAUUACUA